UGGUCACAGCUUCCUGUUUAGGAUCGCAAGCGGAUAUGAGCCGAGGAGCGUCUGAAAACUCUUCUCCUCCGCACAUUUAUCCCUCAUUCGUCAACGUUUCUUCUCGACAAGCGAACGAAGAACACACGACGGAACAAUGUCGGAGACGGGAAGCCGACUGCGGAAGCUGCUCGAGUCGCCCAACUUCGAGCCGCAGAACUACGUGAAGCAGCUGUCGCAGCUGUCGGACGGCGACCGCGACCUGCAGGAGCACCGUCAGAAGGUCCAGAGCCUGGCCGACGAGACGGCGCAGAACCUGAAGAAGAACGUCUACAAGAACUACCGGCAGUUCAUCGAGACGGCCAAGGAGAUCUCGUACCUGGAGAGCGAGAUGUACCAGCUGAGCCACAUCCUGACGGAGCAGAAGAGCAUCAUGGAGAGCAUCACGCAGGCGCUGCUGUCCACCGACAAGGACGAGACCUCCAAGGAGAUGCAGGCCGCCUUCCCCAAGGAGACGGAGGAGCUGAAGCAGCGGACGCUCACCUCGCUGCUGGAGAAGGUGGAGGGCGGCAAGAACAUCAUGGACACCCCGGGCAGGCACCUGGUCUACAACGGGGACCUCGUGGAGUUCGACGUGGACAACAUGUCGCCCGUCCAGAAGGUGCACGCCUUCCUCAUGAACGACUGCCUGCUGAUCGCCACCUGGCUGCCCAACCGCCGCGGCGCCGUCAAGUACAAGUACAACGCGCUGUACGAGCUGGACAGCUUCGCCGUGGUCAACGUGAAGGACAACGCCCCCAUGAAGGACAUGUUCAAGAUCCUCAUGUUCCCCGACAGCCGCAUCUUCCAGGCGGAGAACAGCAAGAUCAAGAAGGAGUGGCUGGAGAUCCUGGACGAGACCAAGAAGAACAAGGCCACCAAGGACCGGCACUCCAAGGAGGAGGUGGCGCCCGCCCCGCCCGCGAGGGCCGAGGUGUCCACCAACCCCUUCGAGCAGGACGACGACGACGGCGGCGACGACGACGACGACAACGAGGGCCCGGCGGACGCCGAGGAGCGCGUGGACCUCAGCCUGGAGUGGAUCCAGGAGCUGCCCGAGGACCUGGACGUGUGCAUCGCCCAGAGGGACUUCGAGGGCGCCGUGGACCUGCUGGACAAGCUCAACGAGUACCUCAAGGAGCUGCCGGUCACGCAGCGGGUGAAGGCGCUCCGGGCAACGGUGGAGGAGCGCGUGCGGCAGCUGACGGAGGUGCUGGUGUUCGAGUUGUCCCCGGAUCGGUCGCUCCGCGGAGGACCUAAGGCCACCAGGCGGGCUGUGUCGCAGCUCAUCAGACUAGGUCAGUCCACGAAGGCCUGCGAGCUGUUCCUGAAGAACCGCGCCGCCGCCGUCCAGACGGCCAUACGGCAGCUCCGCAUCGAGGGCGCCACGCUGCUCUACAUCCACAAGCUCUGCAACAUCUUCUUCACCAGCCUGCUGGAGACGGCCAAGGAGUUCGAGAUGGACUUUGCGGGGAACACGGGCUGCUACUCGGCCUUCGUGGUCUGGUCCAAGUCGACCAUGAGGAUGUUCGUGGACGCCUUCAGCAAACAGGUGUUUGACAGCAAGGAGAGCCUGUCGACGGCCGCCGAGUGCGUCAAGGUGGCCAAGGAGCACUGUCAGCAGCUGACGGAGAUCGGCCUGGACCUGACCUUCAGCCUGCAGUCGCUGCUGGUCAAGGACAUCAAGGCGGCGCUGCAGAGCUACAAGGACAUCAUCAUCGAGGCCACCAAGCACCGCAACUCGGAGGAGAUGUGGAGGAGGCUGAACCUCAUGACCCCCGAGGCCGUGGCCAAGCUCAAGGACGAGAUGCGCGGCUGCGGCGUGGGCAGCUUCGAGCAGUUCACCGGCGACGACUGCUGGGUGAACCUGAGCUACACGGUCGUGGCCUUCACCAAGCAGAUGAUGAGCUUCCUGGAGGAGGGCCUGAAGCUCUACUUCCCCGAGCUGCACAUGGUGCUGCUGGAGAGCCUGCGGGAGAUCAUCCUGGUGGCCGUGCAGCACGUGGACUACAGCCUGCGCUGCGAGCAGGACCCCGAGAAGAAGGCCUUCAUCGUGCUGAACGCCGCCUUCCUGCACGACACGGUGCUGCCCGUGGUGGAGCGGCGCUUCGAGGAGGGCGUGGGCAAGCCGGCCAAGCAGCUGCAGGACCUGAGGAAGAGCACCAGGCCGGUGCGCGUCAACCCGGAGAGCACCACGUCGAUGGUGUGAGACCAGUGACAACUUCCUCCGGGACAAUUUUGAAAUGGAAAAAAAGAAAAAAGGUGAGAAGCUGCAAUAGUGAACAAAACACACAUUCUGCGAGCGGAUGUCCUGUCGAGUUCAACAGCAGUUGUUUGGAGACAGCGGGACAGAAAAUGACAGAUGUGUCGUGGAGAACUUGGGAAAAGUGUGAAAGUGUGAAACGCUACUUUGCACCUGAAUUUGUGCUGACGCUCGUACAAAAACCUAGUGAUACUGAUGAAACAUUAUCUGUAUGUUAACUGUAGGGAUGCACUGAUACUGCGCUCUUGUACUUGUACUAAUAAAACUACUGUGAUACUUCAGCAGCAGAUACCACUACAGCAGCAUAGCGUCCUGUAGAGCAGGUCGGCGGCAUGACGCGGAGGAGGAGGAGCAAUGUCAGCGGUUUGUAGCAAACACACGCAAACUGUUCAAAAACAAAAAAAGCUGGUACUGAAGAUCAUAAUAUUUCAUGCUAUACGGCAUGUGAAAGCCGCGACUCCACAAAUUCCAAAGGUAUAUUUCUUCUUUUCAAAUAGGUGCAAGUAGCUAAAUCUAAGUACUUGUACUUGUACUCGGCCGGCAAAAAAAAGUGUUAUCGGUGCAUCCCUAGUUAAUUUUUUCCAUUAUUCUGGCAAUGUUAUUUCCCCUUUAGCCACACGUGACACUAUGUUUAUUUAAAAUUUGCAAACACAAAAAAAUCUUUAUGCAGUAUCUGUGUAUGUUAAUGCCAUUUCAAAAUUUUUGGUUAUCAGGCACUAAAAAGGAUUCUAGCUCAGUAGAGGACUGAUUUAAAAAGGGACGACUGAAAAGAAGAUGCACUGAUAACUUCUCACUGUUUUCACGGUAAUAGUCAAAAUCUCUAAGUUUGUGUUUGAAAGAAACACGGGAAAUUUAAUAAAAGACAACCGUGCACAAAUUGCAA